AUGAAGAUCUUUGUGGGGAACGUGGACGGGGCGGACACGACUCCGGAGGAGCUCGCGGCCCUUUUCUCGCGCUUCGGCACCGUCAUGAGCUGCGCCGUCAUGAAGCAGUUCGCUUUCGUGCACGUGCGCGAGGCCGCGGGCGCGCUGCGCGCUAUCGAGGCCCUGCACGGCCACGAGCUCCGGCCGGGGCGCGCCCUCGUGGUGGAGAUGUCGCGCCCGCGGCCUCUGAACACCUGGAAGAUUUUCGUGGGGAACGUGUCGGCCGCGUGCACGAGCCAGGAGCUGCGCAGCCUUUUCGAGCGCCACGGGCCCGUCAUCGAGUGUGACGUGGUCAAAGACUAUGCGUUUGUUCACAUGGAAAAGGAAGCGGACGCCAAAGCCGCCAUCGAGCAGCUCAACGGCAAGGAGGUGAAGGGCAAGCGCAUCAACGUGGAGCUUUCCAUCAAAGGUCAGAAGAAGGGGCCAGCAGGCCUGGCGGCCCCUGGGGAAAAGGCCAAGAAGCCGGGGGCCGGCGACACCGCAUUCCCUGGGACUGGUGGCUUCUCUGCCACCUUUGAUUACCAGCAGGCCUUCGGCAACAGCACCACUGGCUUCGACGGGCGGCCGCGGCAGCCCUCCCCUCCUUUUUAUGGCCGUGACCGCAGUCCUCUGCGCCGCUCGCCUCCCCGAGCUUCCUACGUGACCCCGCUGACCGCCCAGCCAGCCACUUACCGAGCCCAGCCUUCAGUUUCCCUGGGGGCGGCCUAUAGAGCCCAACCCUCUGCCUCCUUGGGCGUCGCCUAUCGGACCCAGCCCAUGGCAGCCCAGGCAGCCUCCUACCGGGCACAGCCUUCAGUGUCCUUGGGAGCCCCGUACCGGGCCCAGCUGGCUAGCCCUGGCUCUCAGCCUGGGGGAGCUUCCUCACUUGGUCCUUAUGGGGGUGCCCAGCCCUCAGCCUCGGCCCUCACCUCCUAUGGGGCCCAGUCAGCUGCGGCCUCUUCUCUCACCUCCUAUGGGGCACAGGCCUCCUCCCUUGCCUCAUACGGCAAUCAGCCAGCUUCCUAUGGGGUGCGGGCUGCUGCCUCCUCUUACAAUGCCCAGUCGGCAGCUUCCUCCCUGACCUCCUAUGGGGCUCAGGCAGCUUCCUAUGGGGCCCAGCCUGCAACAUCCUCACUUGCCUAUGGGGCCCAGGCGGCCUCCUAUAACGCCCAGCCUACUGCAGCCUCCUAUAAUGCUCAGCCCACAGCAGCCUCUUACAAUGCCCAGUCAGGCCCAUAUGCAGCCCAGCCAGCUGCUUCCUAUUCUGCCCAGCCUGCUGCCUAUGUGGCUCAGCCGGCUACUGCUGCUGCCUAUGCUGCCCAGCCAGCCGCCUAUGCAGCUCAGGCAGCCGGCCCCCUUGCAGGCUCCUAUGGGGCCCAGCCAGUUGUCACAGCACAGCUGAAUGCAUAUGGAGCUCAGGCUACCAUGGGUCUCUCUGGCUCCUACGGGGCUCAGUCAGCUGCAGCCACAGGCUCCUAUGGGGCGGCAGCUGCCUAUGGCGCCCAGCCGACCGCAGCCGCCCUGGCUGCUCCCUAUCGCACUCAGUCGUCGGCCCCGUUGGGUUCUUCUUAUACUGCCCAACAGCAGCCUCCCCAGCCUGCUGCUGCUUCCUACCGAGGCCAGCCAGGUGCCACCUAUGAGGGGGCAGGCCAGCCGUCCGCAGCCUACCUGUCCCUGUCCCAGGGGGCUGUUGCCAACGCCGCCACCAGCACCCCGCCGCCCUAUGAGCGUACCCGCCUCUCCCCACCCCGAGACAGCUACGAUGAUCCCUACAAAAAGGCCGCCGCCAUCAUGUCAAAAAGGUAUGGUUCCAACCGGCGCUUAGCCGAGCUCUCUGAUUACCGCCGUUUAUCAGACUCGCAGCUUUCGUUCCGCCGCUCGCCGACAAAGUCCUCGCUGGAUUACCGUCGCCUGCCCGAUGCCCAUUCCGAUUAUGCUCGCUAUUCGGGCUCCUAUAGCGAGUACCUGCGGGCAGCGCAGAUGCACUCUGGCUACCAGCGCCGCCUGUAGGGCUGUCCUGCGGGUGGGUGGGAGCGGAGCGAGAAGGAGGUGGGGGUAGUUUGGGGCCCGUGCUGUAAGAGCGAGUUUUGAUUCCCCUUUCUCCAGUGUGGUUCUGCCCCAGGCAGCCGAAUCUUUGUAGUGUUGCGGCAGUAACCUUUUCUUUUGUUCCUCCGCCUCAGCAGUAAGUCUUGCCUUUGGCUCCAGACGCUCCAGACGGUCGGCUCUCCCUCCCUUCCACUUCCCAUCCGCAUCCCCUGGCCUCCCAUCUUUACUGAGCAGGAAUUUCUCUUUACGUUUUUAUCUUUUUCCUGAACUCCCUUGGAUUUUUGUGCGCGGUGUUUGAGGUCGUCUGGACAGGAAGCAGCCCAUGGCUGUAGUCAGCGGCGCCUUUUUCUUUUUAGAGAUGAGGGAGGCUGGGGACAGGUCAGCCCCUUCUUCCCCUGUGCUCCCUCGACCCCAUCCCUGCCCGCACGCCGCCUUUGAGGUGAGGCUCCUGGAGAGUGCACUUGCUCUGUGUCCGAACUCCUCCUGGUGACUGUGAGCAGAGCUGAUGUUGAGGAGCACACCCCAGCCAGCCCCUAGCUCCCCAUCUUCCCCAAGUAGGGGCUGUUAGAAAACCUCACUUUUUUCUUUCCCCUUUUGUAUGGACUAUGAAUAAAACUUGGGGCAAUUUGCAGUUUGGAAA